UUGGUUUCCAAGGAGACGACGCCGGGUGUCUGUGCGGGGAGGAGGUGGUUCUCCUCUGGUGAUGUUUGUAUUGAGCACUUUAACCCACGGAGCAUCUAACGGGAUGGACCUACCGGAGGCGAUCAGAAGACGGUUAGAAGACUUCUCCCGGAACGUGUUAUUUGACCGGAGUCGGACGCAACCCUUCACUAGAGAGAAGGACCCGUUCCUGUCUCCCGAGCAGCGGGUUCUGUCUAGUCUCCACCUCCAGAUGUCUCUGUACUUCAACAUGUGCUUCUUCCCCUUGUGGUGGAUCAGUGAGACUGUAAUGCUGCAUCUCAAGUAUCCUGCCUUGCCAGACUACUACAAGUUCAUCCUCGUCACUGUUCUCAUCCUGAUGACUCUGAUCGAGGCAAUCAGACUCUUUCUCGGUUAUGCUGGGAACCUGCAGGAAAAGGUCCCGGAGUUGGCUGGAUUUUGGCUGCUGAGCAUCCUGCUGCAGUUUCCACUAAUCCUGUUUCAGCUCUUCAACGAAGCCAUCCUCAUACAACCCCUGGAGAGGGGUGUUCACAUAGUUCUCGCCAUAUUCAUACUCACACAGGCCCUCUCUGGUUUUGUGGCGCUCCGGGACAUGGUCAGACACACCGAGAGACAAUUUCAUCUCCGACAGUUUGACUGAAUUCUGAAGCUCCGACGUCUCUGCCACACCUUGACACACACAUCCCUACUACACACCUCUGACAACAGAACAUGAUGUGUAACGUUUUGUACUACAUGUAGUACAUGGUAUAUUUCCUCCCCAUGAUUGAGUGUUAAAGAGAAAAAAAAGUGUGAACAUAUUUAUUUUUAUAUUUUAUUGUCAUUAUAUUCAAUUGGAUUGUAUUCUUAUUUUUGUAGCGUUGCAAUAAAUGAAAUCUAUAAAACACA